AUGGACUCUUCCUUCACUACUUUGGUUUACGAUUGGGAAGAGUGUGAACAGUCUUUAAUGUCAUACUCUUUCCCAAAACAGGAUAAAUCGCCGCAAAAGGAGCGCAGAAACUUCAACUAUGUCACCUCCCCGAAAACACCAACGAUCCAGGAAUCGGAGAGCGAAACAGGUGACCUCUGGCAGUCGCAGAGCACUCCGCUUCGAAAGGACUCGGGCCGCAAAAAACUAAUCUACAACCAAUACCACCAACCCCGCACGGUGUCGCUGUCAAACGCUUCGGGCUCCUCCUCAGAUCUUUCGCAAAGACCGCAUCUUAAGCAUCAGGCCUCCCCGACAGCUUCUCCGCGCCGGGUCUCCGCCGCAGACUCGGCCUCUUCGCCGCGAAGAACACACCGGCGCUCGUUCAGCCUCACAGGCUCCAUGAUCCAGGACGACCUGGCUGGGUUGUCGGGGUCGUCUAAUUCCACCCUCCGGUCCCCGAUCAGCUCUGUGCAGUCGUCACCAAAACUCGAGCCCGCCAUGACCGACGAAAACGCCUACUCUCCGUUGCUGGACGACGAGAAACACCGCCUCGACAGCUUCAGCUUCGGACAGAGACCAAAACAGGUCAAGAUACCAAAAGAACUCAUCGAUCUAGACGACGUGGAUAAUAUGAGCUAG